AAGUCCGAUGGAAGUGGCGCUGCGCCAAUGAAGUUCCAUUGCAGUGACAUUACUGAAAGUUUCAUCGCCGCUACUCUGUGAUGCUUUGCCUAACUUUACGCCCGGGGCUAACCGUUACUAACUUAUUGAAGGGACCACAUCGCCUGACAUGGAUUAAGAACAACUUUCUCUGUUGUUCGACGGGACAGAAAUAAUUCCGUGAGAAAAUAUCUAAAGAGCGUAUGGAUUACAUGUAAAAACAGUGCUGCUCAGGCUGUUUCUCUGGGGAGGUCAUAUGAGAAGUGUAUUUGCAGGACAUGGACAGCCUCGCUUGCACAGAAGCGCAGCUCCAUUCGGGUUGGAUUGAUGUGAAGUCUACUGGAGGUCUCGGAACUAAUUGAAGUGUAGCGGUUGAGAGAUUUGAUUUAACGUAGCCUAAGUAAUCUCUGCGUAGUUCCGCGUAGCUAUGUCCGCUGAGAUUUGAACUCACCCUUAGAUAAAGAAACGUCAAGUAGACUACUGUGAUAAAAGGGGAACACAGGAUACUCCUUGGAAGUUCUUUGGCUACCCACUUGAGGAUCUAUUAAAUUACCUUCGGAAUUUCGCUGUCAAAUGAGAGUUUCAAAGUCGUUAAUUUGGUUUCUGUCUGUCUAUUCUUCUUCUCUCAUCUCUUUAAUCCACCGCAACAUUAGAUUUACCGAGCUACACCAAAGAGGUGAAAGUCUUUUUGUUACCUAGCGUCAAGUUGUAAGUCUGGCGCAGGGAUGAGGAGUGGAAGUUACCCGAUGUCUCUGGCUAUGGUGGUGACACUGUUGGCGUUUAUCAAGGUAACGGCAAGUGGCGAGUAUUGUCACGGCUGGCAGACCGUGGAAGGUGGCUGGAGAGAUGGCUUUCCGUGUCCAGAGCGCUUUGACCAAGAGGAUGCAAUCAUAUGCUGCGGCAAAUGUGAGCUUAGAUACUGUUGCGCUAGCACCGAUGCCCGACUGGACCAGGGAACCUGCGAAAAUGACAAGCAAGCACAAGAUCCAAUCCCAGGAAGUAAAGAUGACAAAGACAACGCUGCAGUGCCCAUCUAUGUGCCCUUCCUGAUCGUGGGCUCCGUGUUUGUGGCCUUCGUCCUGCUGGGCUCGUUGGUGGCUGUGUGCUGCUGCCACUGUCUGCGCCCCAAACACGAGCCCUCGUCUGGGGGUGGAGGUGGCGGGCAGGGGGGUAGUGGUGGCGGCGGCCGCCUCCUGGAGACCAUCCCCAUGAUGGCCAGCGUGGGCACCUCGCGGGGCUCGUCCUCGCGCCAGUCCAGCACGGCCACCUCAUCCAGCUCGUCGGCGCCCCCUAGCGGCCAGCGCCCGCCCACUGCCAUGUCCCCGCCUCCGUCAGCGGGCGCCACUGCCGCCCUCCUGCGCACCCAGGCAUCCUGCUGCAUCCCACCCGACGCCAGCGUCUACGUCAACAUGCCCACCAACUUCUCGGUGCUGAACUGCCAGCAGGCCACGCAGAUUAUGCCCCACCAGGGCCAGUUCCUGCACCCACAGUACAUCGGUUAUGCCCACCCAGUGGCGCACACGAUGGCUGGUCCUGCCUACCUGGACCCCACGCACGGAGGCUACCGGCAGCUGCAGUCCCCCUACCCUCCCACAAGUAUGGCCAGUGUGACGAGCGACCAGAAACACCCUCCUGUGACUGUGUGAGUGAGGGACGUGAGGCCUCAUAAGGACUGUUUAUGACUGAGAGGUCUCGCGGGAGUCAUUCUUAUGAGGACUUUUCCUUAUAGGAACCUGUCCUUGUGGGGACUUGCCUUAUGGGAACCUGUCCUUGUGGGGACUAUUUCCUUAUGGGGACCUGGUGUGUGUGUAUGUGUGUGUGUACGUCUGUUAAGAGGCACACUACAAGAGCAGAGUCAGCAGAGAAUGAAGAGUCACGUGGGGAACACACAGCCACGGAUCAGUUCAUGCCUCAGCAAGACUGUGUCAUGUGUUGGAACAGUGUGUGUGUGUGUGUGUGUAUGGGGGCACAGCAAGCAUAGUCUCAGGGUUUGAGGAGGUCUGAGGACUGAUUCCAGACGUCAUAUGUGGGGCAGAAUUCUUUAGCUUGACUCAGUCACUGACACACAACUGUAAUAACAUUUGCAAUCCCACGCAAAAGGAAAUGUAUGAAAUACUCCUGAGACUGACAACAUUAAUAAUGUUUAAAGUUAUUGAUGUGAAAUGUAGUCAUAAUGUAUGCUUUGUGAAGCCUUGGUGAGUGAUGACAGUGAAAAAAAGUGUGUGUGUAUAUGAAAUAUUUUGUUGUAAAUAAUAACAGUAUACCCACGUAUGGCCUGUAUGAGUGAUUGUGAAUGUGCCAUUCGAAUGUACAGUGUAAUAUCAAAGCCUUUGUAGAAACAAAAUGUGUAGUGUUUUGUAUGCAGCUCUAAGUGUGUGUGUGUGUGUGUGCGUGUGUUUAAUGGUAAAGCCAGGUGCUAUGAUGUGAAAAGCAGUCCCCCCCUGUCCCUACAGGACAGUUAAACUCUAAUGAAGUGAGCAUGGGACACAGACUGUGACGCUCCACCCCGCCCCCUCACCAAAGUGAGUGGAAACACACACACACACACACACACACACACACUCACCCUUUCUCUUUCAGAUACAUACAUACAUACAGUACACACGACACCAGACACACUAGGGAUACAUCAAGGAAAUAUACAAACAAGUAUGUGCAGAAGAUGGUAGUAUAUACUGUUUAUAUAUAUAUAUAUAUAUAUAUAUAUACAGUAUUUGUGUGUAUGUGUAUGAAGGUGAGCGCUCUCUCUCCACCAGGCUACAAGCGGUAGCCUUCUGAAGGCCGUGCAGUUCAUUAUGCAGUAAAAACUGUCUGCCAACUGUUCCCCCUGACUAGGUUUCUGCCCUGUGAAGAAGGUGUGCGUAUGUGUGUGUCUGUGAAAGGGAGAGACCAAGUUUGCAGUGAGUGUGAGCAACAGUUAGAGUUGGGUAAAUGAGAGUGUGACUGAGCUGCGUGUGUGUGUGUGUGUGUGUUAGCGUUAGGUACAUUGGAGCGGUACCAGAAAGUUCCAGGGCAUUUCAUUUAGAGUGACUUUUUCCCCUCUCCACCCUUGCAUGGGGGAAUAGAGCAGCAUGGAGGGGAAAAACCCGACUGUAGCGCACAUAGACCAACGGCGUACUGAACCGACCAUCAGUGAUGGCAGUGAGAGAGAGAGAGAGAAAACUCCUUUUUUAUAUGUAUUUCCUGACUCUCGUUUAGUCCACAUUGCUGCUUCAAAGCCCACAGCCCAAAAAAAAGCUUGCAUUUAGAGUAGGUUAGAAAUGCACGUUGGGUCUUUGUGUUCAGUGUGCCAAGGUAACUGGAGCACACACUGUCUUCUGUACACCCAGGGGGGACGGACUAUAUUUCCCAUCAUGCAUUUCAGAUGUCGCUUCUCUCAGGCCCUCUUCUAUUGACUGCUAAAUCAAUUUCAAAGUAGCCUAACUGAAUUUACAGGAAAGGCUUUCUUCAGCCCUAACCCACAAAUAGUGGUGUCACGGAACGUAGCUGUAGGGCAAUUCAAUAACGUUUGGUGAAUGCAUAGACAACAUCAUCAAGCAAUUAUUAUUAUUUUUAAUAUUAUUAUCAUUAAUAAUAAUAAAAAAUGAACAAUAUUAAUUAUAAAUGUGCCCCUCUGUUUUGUGUAACCUGCCAUGUUUUUCCAUAUGAAAUGUAAAAAUAAAAGUGAGUAUUUUAGAGUG